UCACACGGCGACCCGGUCACCCGACCAGUUCCGCGCUCGGCACUUCCACUUCCACUCCCAACCGCGCUUCGCGCGCCGCCGCCACCUCUCGCUUCCCCGCGGGCGGCCAUGCUGACCGGGCGGGAGAGCCUGGUCCGCCUCAUCGGCCGGCGCCGCUGCUCCCCUCUCCCCGCCUCUCUCGCCGUUCUCCUCUCCUCCCCCUCCCCCGCUCAGGCCGACGACGGGGGCUCCGGCUCGGGCGAGGCAGCGAGGAGUGCGGCUGCUUCGUCGUCGAGAGGGAGCGAAGGCGUCAGCGUCGGCGCGGAGUGGGUGGCCUGCCCCGUCUGCGGCGAGUCCAUCCGUGGGUCGGAUUACAGCGUCAACACCCACCUCGAUAUAUGCCUUACAAGAGGUCCGAAGCGGAAGUUGACACAGAGCACACUUCUUAAUUUCAGAUUCAGUAAAAAAAUCGCCGCUCAGCCCACUUCAAACAGUUUGAACAAUGAGGCUGAGACAGAAAAUAUGAAACAGAUCGAUGAAGAUUUAUCUAGUGAUCAAGCAUUCUUCUCGUCAGAUAUUGACAUUGGGAGCUCGAAGGGUAGUGCUCUAAUUCCAUCACCUGGUUGUCGGAAUGGCUCACUUGACAUUUCCGAGACGUUCCAUACCAUUGUACCCUCAAAUACUGUCUCGCCAAAUGUGAAGGAUGUCAUAAAUGCUGGUGCAGUGGAACACUGUUCUUCUAGCAUGCUUCCAACAGUAGCGAUCUCUGGCAGUAUUGAUACAUGUGUAGACAUGGAUUCUAGCACCACUGUUGCAGUUGACGCUGUCAUAGUUGGCCGGAGGUUCCAUCAGAACAUUGAAUUGCGAGAAGAUGCAGGCAUUACUUUUCUGAGAGAUCCUCGAAAUGCUAAGGACCCUAAUGCUAUAAAGGUGCUUUAUGCAGCAUCUGAAUCCGAGGAGAUGCUUGGAUACUUGCCUCGAGAGCUAGCUAAAGUUUUGGCUCCUCUAAUGGACAAACAUUGUGUUGAAUGCGAGGGAUUUGUGGUUGGUUUGCCUGAACGACAGCUUGACAAUGUUCCCAUCCAGAUUUCUAUUCAGAAAUGUAAAACUGGCAAUCAGAGAAAUGAUGAUCCGAAAUAUGGGCAGCCCUUAUGGGAAAAUUUCAUCCGUGCUGUUAGAAGUGGAAAUUUUCAACGACCUAGCAGUGCAAUAUACCAGACAAAUUUUAAUUUGAUGAUAGCGAAUGUUAUGGCCAAUCAUACACAUGUUUUUAGUGAUAAAGAAAAAUCACUUUUAGGUUCUUUUAAGUCGUUAUCAGAUGAUGGGCAACGGCUUUUUGUUAGGAUCUACACUCGAAAAGGGCCAUGGUUCCGAAAGAGAAGUAUCUCAUAUCAUGAGAUAUCAGAUCUGGAGCAUGCAGUCAUGGAGUUGAAGUUGGCAGGUUAUAUCGACAUGCUUUCUUGUACCGAUGAUCCAUCUGAAUAUGAUAUGAAGGAGAUUCUUGAUGUGUUAAGUGCUCCUGAAAUGAAGGAAAUUCUAAAGCAGCUUCCUAAGGAUAGCACAAGCUGCACACGUCGACAUGAGCUUCUUAGCACCCUUCUGUCUUUUUAUCAUAAUGGUACCUGUGCAACACUACCAAAGCGAAUCCUAAAAUUGACAGGAGCCUGUAUAAGAAUUUCUAAGAUUGCGGAUGAACUUCUGUGGCGUGUCCAGAGGCUCUUUUUUCUAAAUGGUGAUCAAGAUCUUUCAUCCUUUCUAUUAGUGGAAUUUGGUGUAGUAAAGUUCCCAGACUAUGCUUGCAGCGUCUCUCACCGCAUAUUUCAAGAAAGAAGUGAUCUACUUGAGUAUGAAGAGGCUAUUCGAGUUGCACAGGUGAUGGAUGAAUCCAUUGUUAAUAGUAACAUGGAAUUUGUGACAAGAUGCAUUGAUUUGUCUGAGAGUCGAUUAUGCACUAUGCCAGAACAAGAAAAUGGCACUUCAUCUGAACCUCUCCCAUCAUUCUUUUCACGAUUUUCAGCUUCCUGGGUCUAUUCGAAAAUACUUACAUUAGGUGUCUCUGUUUAUGAACGCGAUCGCAGGUAUGAAGAUGCAAUACGAAUUCUUAAGAGACUACUUAGUAAAGUUGCUUGUGAUAGACGGCGAGGAUAUUGGAGUCUGAGGCUAUCUGUUGAUUUGGAGCAUAUGGGUCGCCCAAAUGAGAGCCUUUCAAUAGCUGAAGAAGGAGUAAUUGAUCCAUGGGUCCGUGCUGGUUCAAAGUUUGCGCUGCAAAGGAGAGUGCUGCGUUUAAGCAAACCUCCACGACGCUGGAAAGUUCCCAGUUAUGCAGAUUAUGUUAAGAGAAAUAUAAAAGAGGUCAACAUUGAAGGAAGGCCAUUAAAUUGUGAAACAGGAGCUAAGAAUGUAUUUUAUGGUUAUGAUGGGGAACUUUGUGGGGUCGAGCAGUUGGCUUUACAAUAUUAUGCUGAUGAAGGAGGCGGUUGGCAAGGUACCCAUUCGGAAGGUGGCAUUUGGAUGACCAUCUUUGGCCUUCUAAUGUGGGAUGUAAUGUUUUCAGAUAUGCAAGAUGUUUUCCAGUCUAAAUUCCAGACAGCCCCCCUUGAUCUGGAAACAGAUGACUUCUACAAAUCAAGAAAGGACCUCGUAGAAUCGCAGUUGAAAAAGAUACAAGAUGGAAUGGCUGAAGAGAUGCUAAUCAGCUCCUGGGAGCUACACCAGGGGACAUCUUGCCAGGGUGUUAACUGGGGCCGUCAUUCCUUGACUGAUCUACGAGCUGUCGUUGCAUGCAUAGGCGGACGUCGCUUGGUAUCGCUCCUCCGCCAUCUAGCCAUGGAUUACAGGAGCUGGUCUAGCGGAAUGCCCGAUCUGCUGCUAUGGCAUUUUCUUGACGAACGAGGCGUAGGUGAAGCUAAACUUGUGGAGGUCAAAGGACCAGGGGACCAGCUGUCCGAGCAACAACGUGCGUGGAUUCUUGUUCUCAUGGAUUUUGGGUUUGACGUGGAAGUUUGCAAAGUAAGCCCAGUUUCCAAGCGGAGAUAGCUCCUUUGAUCCCUUCUAAAAUUGCCCCUGGUGUAACAAUUUCAUUUUAUUGAUUAUUUAUGCAUGAUGUAUUCGAUUGAUUAGAAGGGCAAAACUGUAACAUGUACAAGCGACAUUGUUCAAAGUCCAAAUUCGUAUUGAUGUUGUAAAACAUUCUUACCACUUUGUGCAAUGGGAUUCUAACAAAGUUCUGCCAGUCGGUAAGAUUGGAACUAAAAGAAA